GUUUGGCCGACUUUUAAGAAUAAUGUUUUUAAAAAUAACAUAGUUUGCGAACUAUUCAUUGUUGAAAGUGAGUAGAAAUGGAGAGGGCGAUGCCAUGAGGUCACAUCUGGGUGUUGUCUCCUGGCAAUCAGUGGGUUUGUCAACCUUGAGACUGUAAAGGAAAAGAAACGUGUUGUUGCAUAGUGAAAGCGAGAUGACUUUCUAGCGAUACUUUCAAUGCGUGCGAGGCUUUAUUGGAGUGUUUUGUCAUCUUAGUGACAUAUUGACAGUCAGCUUAAACAUUAACGAGGACACGAAGGCAGCCCUCAUGUUGCCGCAUGUUGUCCUCCAGUCCAUCCGGCGCGUCCAACAUGAUCACCUUCACUCACGUCCUCAAGGAGAUCGGCGAGUUUGGCGUCUUCCAGAAGCGUCUGGUGGCGGCCUUGUGCGUCCCCAGCGUCUUCAUCGCCUUCGACGUCAUCGGCCAGGUGUUCACGGGCCUCUCCUUCCCCAACUACUGCGAUACCGACUGGAUCCUGGAGCCGGGGCCCAACCUGACCCUGGAGAGGCAGAAGGAGCUGACCAUCCCGCUCGGCCCGGAUGGAAGCUUCCAGAGCUGCCUGAUGUUCACGCCCGUCCCCUGGGACCUGGAGAGCAUCGAGGCCUACGGCAUCAACGCCACCACGCGCUGCAUCAAUGGAUCCGACUUUGAGGUGCCGCAAGGAGCCUCCAGCAUCGUCACUGAGUUCAACCUGGUGUGUGACAGAAGCACUUUGAUCGAAGCGUCUCAGUCCAUUUACAUGGCUGGACUUCUGCUUGGAGCCUUGGUGCUGGGAUCCAUGGCUGACAGGUUUGGCCGGCGCUUUGUGGUCCUGCUGGCGCAUCUUCUCCUUUUCUUGUUCGGCGUCGCUGCUGCUUUCUCUCCAAAUGUUUACGUUUACAUCCUUCUCAAAUUCCUGUGUGGAUUUUCUCUGUCGGGAAUUCUGGCCAACGCUUUUGUGAUCGGUGGAGAAUGGUGCGAGUCGUCCAAGUUUGCCUUCUGCACCAUCAUCAGUCACAGCUUUUACGCCAUCGGACUCAUGCUGCUGUCCGGCAUCGCCUAUCUCAUCCCAGACUGGAGAGUCCUGCAACUGGUCCUUUACAGUCCUCUUCUUCUGCUCCUGGCUGUUUUCUACUGGAUUCUUCCGGAAUCUGCUCGCUGGCUCAUCACUCAGGGCCGGAAGGAGGCAGCCGUGAAGGAAGUCAGGAGAGCAGCAAAGGUCAACGGCAGGGAGGUGUCACAAGAUCUGCUGGACAAGCUGGAAGUGGAGGGGACGCCCAUAAGGAGGAGCAUGCUGGACAUCUUCAGGAUUUCCUACCUGAGAAAACGAGCGCUCAUCAUGAGCUACAUCUGGUUCGGAACUAGCCUGAUGUACUACGGCCUGAGCCUCAACGUGGGCAACUUUGGUGUGGACAUCUACCUCACGCAGUUCAUCUUCGGCCUGGUGGAGAUUCCCGCCCGUCUGGGCUCCUUGCCGCUCAUCCAGCGCUUUGGGCGGCGACCGUGUGAGGCCAUCUUGUUGAUGUUUGGAGGGGCUGCCUGCCUCACCAUCAUCGCUGUGCCCAAAGAGCUUCCUGUGGUGGUGACCGUCAUCGCCAUCAUCGGGAAAUUUGCAGCCACCGGCUGCUUCUCCAUCGUCUACGUUUACACAGCAGAACUGUACCCCACCACGCUAAGGCAGAACGGCGUCGGCCUGAACUCCAUGUGCGCUCGCGUCGGAGGCAUCCUGGCUCCGCUAAUAAAACUCCUACACGUCUACCAUGACGCCAUCCCCAUGUCCGUAUACGGAGUGGUACCUGCCAGUGCUGCACUCCUGUGUCUGCUGCUGCCAGAGACACGCAACGCGGAGCUUCAGGACCACGCAGAGCUCAAUAAACCUGUCAAUGGAAGCAUUGUACCUGAGAAGGAUGAAGAAAGAACAGCGUUCUAGCUGAGAUGCUCUGUCACCAUGGCAACAGUAGCUUGUCAACAAGCUACCACAGAAACCACAUUUUGUUCACGAUUCUCAAGAUUUCUCUUUCUUUGGACUUUUCACAACAGAAAUGUGUUGUUCUUAUGUGUACUUUUGCUCUGCACUGCUGUCACUAUUGGUUUUGUUUAAGUAGAACGGUGCAAUAAAAGCACGCAUGUGCAGAUUCUCUCCACUCAAUGAGUGCCUUUGAAUAAAAGCAAACAAAACAAAAAUAAAUCUUGAAUGCAUGCUUUUUUA